AUGGAACGAGUUCAAUUUAAAGUAAAUGGAAAACAGUGUUCUGUGGGCUGCGAAGUCGAUUCCGACACAACUCUUCUGGACUACCUUCGCGAAACGCUAAAGCUUUGUGGAACAAAAUAUAUGUGCUUAGAAGGUGGCUGCGGAGCUUGUAUGAUCACUGCUACAAAGAACAACAAAGAUGUCCCUCAAGCAAUAAACUCAUGUCUAGUGUCAGUAACCUCAUGUCAAGAAUGGGAUAUAAAGACAAUAGAAUUUAUAGGUAACCGAUUGAAGGGUUACCAUCCACUGCAGAAGGUACUUGCUGAUUGUCAUGGUUCCCAAUGUGGCUACUGCACGCCGGGGUGGAUCAUGGCAAUGUAUAGCCUCUUGCAAACUAAAAAACCUACAAUGCUUGAAAUAGAAAAUUCGUUUGGAAGUAAUAUCUGUAGAUGUACUGGAUAUAGACCAAUUUUACAAGCCUUCAAAAAAUUCGCUUCGGAUGCUCAUAAUUCCUACGAAAUAUCCGACAUCGAAGAUUUGAAAAUAUGUGACAAAUCUGGUGAUGUAUGUUCAAGGAGUAAUUGUUCGGAACUUGACUGGUGCAUGGUUUCUAAAAAUGAUAUUCUAAACGAAAUACUGCAUAUUGAGUUAAGUGAUAAACGACACUGGUACAGAGUACACACACUAUCAGACGUAUUUGGUAUUUGGCAUGAGAAAGGAACAGAAUCAUAUAUGCUAGUCGCUGGUAAUACUGGCAAAGGUGUCUACCCAAUAUUAGAAUAUCCCAAUCUUCUAAUAGACGUGACAGGCAUUUCAGAAUUAAAAGGUUUUUAUGUAGAUCAAAAUUUAGUGAUUGGAGCUGGUAACACAUUAACCGAUGUAAUGAAAAUAUUCAAAACUGUAUCGGCGACUGAAUACUUCAAUUAUCUUAUUGGACUCAAUGAUCAUUUACAACUAGUCGCUCACUUAGCUGUAAGAAAUCUCGCAACGAUAGCCGGUAAUUUGAUUUUGAAGAACCAACAUCCAGAAUUUAAAUCGGAUAUUUUUAUUAUUCUUGAAACGGUCGGCGCACAGAUAACUAUUAUGACGGCCAUUGGACAAUCAGAAACUUUAACGUUACAAAAUUUUCUUAAAGAAGACAUGAAAGGUAAAAUAAUAAUGAAUGUUCUAUUACCACCUCUAAACGAAUCACAUAAAAUCGUCACCUUUAAGAUAAUGCCUCGCGCACAAAAUGCUCACGCCAUUGUCAAUGCGGGAUUUUUAUACAAAAUAAACGAAAAUCAAAAUCAAGUGAUAUCUUGUAGAAUAGUGUAUGGAGGACUUAGCGCAAAAUUUAAUCGUUCGUGGAAAACAGAACGAUACUUAGUUGGUAAAUCGUUAUUUCUAAAUGAAACAUUACAAGAUGCAUUAGAAAUAUUAGAGAACGAAAUAAUAGUCACUGAGAAUUUACCUGAUCCGCCUGUUCAGAGCAGAAAGAUAAUUGCUUUAGGAUUAUUCUACAAGGGUCUCAUUUCUCUGUGCCCGUCAACUGUAUUGCACCCUCGAUAUCGUUCAGGAACCGUGAAAUUGCACGAGAAGCGACCGGUAUCGGAAGGUCAACAAGUAUUUGAUACUAACCCUAUACUGUGGCCGUUAAGUAAAGCUAUACCUAAAUUGGAUGCAUUGAUUCAGUGCGCAGGUGAGUCUGAAUAUACAGAUGAUAUCCAAGCGCUUUCGGGAGAAGUUUAUGCUGCAUUUGUGUUAACAACUGUUGCUCUUGGAACAAUCGAAAAAAUAGAUCCUAGCGAGGCGUUGAAAGAGCCUGGGGUUAUAGCUUUCUAUUCAGCUUCUGAUAUACCCGGUGUGAAUAGUUUUACACCACCAGUGAAUGAAUUUUAUUUAUGCAAUGAAGAACUGUUGUGCAAUGGUGAAGUCAAAUUUUAUAAUCAGCCUCUUGGUAUUAUUGUUGCUAAAUCUCAAAAAAUUGCCAAUAAAGCAACAACCUUGGUUAAAGUGUCGUAUAGUAAUGUAAGAAAUCCAGUAUAUGAUAUAAAAUUUGCGAAAAAUGAUCCCAGCAAAGUUACGUUACUAGACUCAAGAGAUGCAACAAUGAGAGGAAAUGAUAUUAGCAAAAUAAUCAAAGGUGACAAUACUGUAUAUGGUCAAUAUCAUUUUGCAAUGGAAACAUUGUUAUGUCUAACACGUCCAACAGAAGAAGGAUUGCAAUUAUUUGUUACGACUCAAUGGAUUGAUACAGUACAACAGGUUAUUUCAAGGAUGUUGGAAAUCGGGCAUCAGAGAAUUGAUAUUUAUGUUCGUCGACUUGGUGGCUCAUUUGGUUUAAAAAUGAGUCGAGCAUCCCAAGUCGCUGCAGCAUGUGCUUUGGUUGCUUAUAAGCUUAACAGACCAUGCAGAUUUAUAAAUACUUUAAGUACAAACAUGAGAGCUGUUGGGAAGAGGUUGCCUUGUUCUACAAACUUCGAGAUUGGCGUAAAUAACAAAGGUGUUAUCCAGUAUAUGAACUAUGAAUUAUAUUCCGACAAUGGUUACGUUCUAAAUGAACCUUUCCUCAAUAUGACUUUUGAAUCAUUUACAAACUGCUAUAGAACGGAUUCGUGGAACUACAAAGCUUUCAAUGGUCUAACCGAUACACCAUCAAACACAUGGUGUCGUUCUCCUGGUUCCUUGGAAAAAAUAGCGAUGGCAGAAUUAAUAAUGGAACAGAUUUCGUAUGAAUUAAAUCAAGACCCAAUUGAAGUUCGCCUUGCAAAUUUAGAUCCCAUCUUUCGAGAUGAUAUUAAUGAAAUUUUGAAAACUAUAAAGGUUAAUUCUGAUUAUGCGGAAAGAUUAGUUUCAGUCGAGAAAUUUAAUUCCAAUAACAGGUGGAAAAAACGAGGAUUAAGAUUUUCUUUUCUAAAAUGGGCUCCAUUCGGAUACCCACAUUUAAAUAUUGAAGGCGCUUUUAUAAUGGGAGUCGGUUACUGGACAUCUGAAAAUCUAGUAGUUGAUGGUCAAACAGGAGAAUUACUAACAAAUCGUACCUGGGAUUAUUGGGUUCCGCAAGCGAGGGAUAUUCCGCAAGAUUUCAGAAUAUAUUUCAGAGAAAAAUCAUUUAGUAGAGAAUUAAUCUUUGGAGCUAAAGGAACUGGUGAGCCGGCAACGUGCAUGGGAAUUGCUGUACCUAUCGCGAUGAGACAAGCGGUAUCAGCAGCACGUUUGGAGUCUGGGGUACCAAGUACAAAUUGGUUUCCUAUAGAUGGUCCAUACACGGUAGAUAAGAUUGCCCUUUCGUGUGCCACAAGGAUAGAAGACUUUAAAUUUUACUAAUAUUUUAUAAUUUCAGCUUAAAUUUAUGUCAUUUAUCAAAUCACU